GUUAGUUUUGACCGUGCUUAUUUGUCCCAUAAAUUAUCGAUCCUAAUUGGCAGUUAUUUGGGCUUUUAUAUUUGCCGACCUCUCGUUUUUGUACCGUCGUCACUAAAUGAAGGGCUUCUGGCCUGGGAGGGCCCAUGUAUUCUUUCAAUUGGUUGGGGAGCUGGGACAGUGUCUCUGGCAAUAACGAGAAUAGGAGGGAAUGUUGACCAGGGAGCACCGCUGCGGCCGUUCAGAGGAGCAGGAACAGGAGCCCGGGCUGAGUCUGAAAAAAGCCGGAUCCAGAAGGUGGCUCCGGAACGGCUGGAAUUGGAAGAUGGAGGAGCCGGAGGAACCGGCGGACAGUGGGCAGUCGCUGCCUCCAGUGUACAUCUACAGUCCCGAGUAUGUCAGCAUGUGCGACUCCCUGGCCAAAGUCCCCAAACGGGCCAGUAUGGUACAUUCUUUGAUUGAAGCAUAUGCACUGCAUAAGCAAAUGAGGGUAGUUAAGCCCAAAGUAGCCUCCAUGGAGGAGAUGGCCACCUUCCACACUGAUGCCUAUCUGCAGCAUCUCCAGAAGGUCAGCCAAGAAGGAGAUGACGAUCAUCCAGACUCCGUAGAAUACGGGCUAGGUUAUGACUGUCCAGCCACUGAAGGGAUAUUUGACUACGCAGCAGCUGUAGGAGGGGCUACAAUCACAGCUGCCCAAUGCCUGAUUGAUGGAAUGUGCAAAGUAGCAAUUAACUGGUCCGGAGGGUGGCAUCAUGCAAAGAACCACACUGGCCUUUCAGCUUCUCAAAUAGGCCAAGGAAGUUCUUUCCUGCCUCAGAGCUUUUGCAAUGCUGCUCUCUCUGCCUGGAAGACUUCUCCAUCUCAGUAUGGAGAUGAAGCAUCUGGUUUUUGUUAUCUCAAUGAUGCUGUCCUGGGAAUAUUACGAUUGCGACGGAAAUUUGACCGUAUUCUCUACGUGGAUUUGGAUCUGCACCAUGGAGAUGGUGUAGAAGAUGCCUUCAGUUUCACCUCUAAAGUCAUGACAGUGUCCCUACACAAAUUCUCCCCAGGAUUUUUCCCAGGAACAGGCGACGUGUCUGAUGUUGGCUUAGGAAAGGGACGGUACUACAGUGUAAAUGUGCCCAUUCAGGAUGGCAUACAGGAUGAGAAGUAUUACCACAUCUGUGAAAGUGUACUAAAGGAGGUAUACAUAGCCUUUAAUCCUAAAGCAGUGGUCUUACAGCUGGGAGCUGAUACAAUUGCUGGGGAUCCCAUGUGCUCCUUUAACAUGACUCCAGUGGGAAUUGGCAAAUGUCUUAAGUACAUCCUUCAGUGGCAAUUGGCAACACUCAUUUUGGGAGGAGGAGGCUAUAACCUUGCCAACACGGCUCGAUGCUGGACAUACUUGACCGGGGUCAUCCUAGGGAAAACACUAUCCUCUGAGAUCCCAGAUCAUGAGGAAAGGAGAGCUUUUUUGUUUCCAUCAUGGUGUGGCCAAGGUUCUUUGAUGGACUAAUUGGUGAUAUAGGAAAGGCUGAGAAGCAUCAUACAAGACACUGGUGCUAUGUCAUUCUGGUUGUGACGAGUUCCGUUCACAGAGUAAUUCAGGACAAGAAAUGCUCUUCCUGGUUAGGGCCCACAUCACAAUCAUGAGCUCAACCUCCGCAGGUGAAGGCAGAGUAAAGUCUCAAGGAUCUGUAAGAGAGAUUGGCACUAACCUUGGACUUACCCUGGUGGAAUUGAGUCUAAUUUUUAAGAAACACUUGAGUUAACAAUAAAAAAUUUGAGAGCUACUUGGAGUAUUAUGAAAAGAGGGCUGGCUAGAAGCAGUAUCAUUAUAUCCCCUACUGACUAGGAGAGAAGAAUACUAGUUUAGCCACAAGAGCAUAUUGCCAGCAUGGCAAAUAUAUUCUUUUAAGCAUCUUCCUCAUGCUGAAUCUCAUCCCUACAGCUGUGAGAUUUCACUUUACUGUUCUCUUUCUUCCUCUCUGGCUGCUUGUUCUGCCUAUUCAAUGGAUCUUUUUACCCACUACCACCUUAGUCUUCAGCCAUGACAUUACUUCCAUAGACUAUCAUCACAUGUUCAGAAGCCUGUUAGACAUAGUGACCCAGAUUCUCUACUGUAAUCUCAAACCCAACUAAACCCAAGUCCAUCAGCUUCCCUUAGCCAGACUCGCUCUUCCUGCUAAUUUACCCCAGCUCUGUCAGUGACAUAGCAAUUCUCCCCACUUAGCCAGAGUCAAAACCUAGGGGUCAACUUUGACUUCUCCCUUCUCUCCUUUCCUCUGCAGCCAAUCAAUUACCAAAGUCCUGGUGAGUCUAGCUUUACAAUGUAUCUUUCCCAUCUUCUCCAUCUCCAUAGCAAUUGCCUUUGUUAUCUCCCCCUUGAACUAUUGCAAAAGCCCCCACACUGGUCACCUAGCCUUUUUAUGCUUGCUCCCAGGUUCCAUAAGACACAGAUCUAAUCCUGAAGCUGCCCCAGUGCCUGUCACAUCAAGUCCUGUCUCCUCAACCUGGGACUCAAGGCCUCCCAUUCUCUCCCUUACCAACUUAUCUAACUUAUAGUACUUGCUGGUCUCAGAUUUGUCCAGCAUUCUCUUACCUCUACUGACUACCUCCCACUCCGCCCCAUUCCUGCUUGUUUACAAUCACCCUGUCUUUCAAGAUGCUAAUUCUCUCUAUUGGAUGCAAAUCUUAGAAUUUGAAACACAUUUUAGUUCCUUCAUUUAACAAACAUGAAUUGAGCACCUAUUAUUUUCUAGGCCCUAAGCUAGGAGCUGUAGGUAAUAUAAAUAUGAAUAAAACAGUAUUCUUCCCUUUGUGGAACUCUGGAGUCAGAAAGACAAACAUAACUAACUCUAAAUCCCCAUCAGGCUGUGUCUGACUCCCAUCCUAUAGACCCUUCCCCUCAGCCUUUAAAUAUACCUAAGACCCUCCCAUCUUAAAUCACCCACCUACCCGAACCCCACCCCUGGGUCAAACUCUUAAAAAGUAUAUUUGUACCAUCAUUCUCAUCUGCACUUCCUCCCAUCCGAUUCUUCAGUCUACUCCAGUUAGGCCUUGUCCACACCCUUCACUGACUUGGCUAUAAGCAAACGUCUCCUUCCCGUGGACAAAUCAGAAGACUGCCCUCCUUUUACCUAAUCUCUCUGUAAUAUCUCAAGUUGUCACCAGAACUGUAUGCACUCCCUCUGUCCACCUCUAAAGUAUUGACUGUUCUCCAUGAUGCUUUCCUUCCCUCUCUUCCCUUCUUACUCUGUAGUAAGCCUCCCCUGCCAGCAAAGCAGUUCCUUGGCAAUCCUCAUCCAAUUCUUCUAUGUCACCGACAACUCCCAAAUCUUACAUCCUGUACUUUAGGCCCAACCCCUCUCCUAAAUACCAGAGCACUACAGCAUCAGGAUCCUAACCCUCAAAAUUCUUCCCACUCAACUCCCGCCACACACACACACACACACACACACACACACACACACACCUUACCAUGAGCCCUUGUCCUCUGCCUGUAUUCUUCAUCUCCUUAAUGCACCUCCCACAUGGUCAGAAAUCUUUGACUCUCUCUUCUUCCUUACUUCCCACAUCCAAUAAAUUGUUUAGAACUAUUGAUGAUGUCUUUUCAGCCUUUCAAUCUCUCCAUUCCUCCCACAGCUGUUAUGAUUCAGGCCCAGAUACCACUCAUCAUGGUUCUACCACCAGAUUUCUCACUGGUCUCCCUACUUGCAUUCCUCCCGUCAAAUGCUGUUCCAUUCUCCAUGCUGUAGCCAAUGAGUCUUCUAAAGGACAUAGCUUGGGAGCCUGU